AUGAAGCCACACAUCCCCCCGUUAAAGAUCUCGAAAUCCAAUUCGAAUUUACACAGGUCAAUCGACGACUCAACGCACUCACACCCUCGAUUUUAUAACGCCUGGGGUUCAUCAGAGAUGACCCCUCCGUUAACACCACACGGAACACAGGGCACCAACAUGGAGCAAUUGGAGGCCCCGAGACCUGUCUUUCACAACUAUUUGCGCGCGUUCUAUCCUUUUCACCCGGCCGGCAAUGUCUCUCCGUCGACCGUAACACUUCCCUUAGACCAGGGAGAUAUCAUUUUGGUCCACUCUGUUCACACCAAUGGCUGGGCCGAUGGUACUUUAUUAGAUUCUGGGGACCGAGGCUGGUUACCCACCAAUUAUUGCGAGGCAUACGACCAAUUGGCUAUGCGUCCUUUGUUGAAGGCCUUGACUGAUUUCUGGGAUAUCAUUCGAGGAGGAUGCGGGUCAUCACUAAAGGACUUCGGAAACCAGGACUUGAUGAGAGGCCCUAUUGCUGGCGUUCGCUUUCUGCUGGAAAAAUCAGAGUGUCUUACCCGAGAGUCGACCCUGGUCAGGAGGUUCGAAGGGCUUCGAAGAAUCCGGAAGGCUUUGCUAUCUGAUCUGUCUUCGCUGGUGAAGACAGCGAAGAAGUUCCAGGAAGUCGCCAAUGGGAUUCCCUCAGAAGAUGAAGUGGAAGCCAUCUUGGAUGAGAUGCUUCUCAAGGCGUUCAAGAUUGUUACCCGUGGAGUUCGAUUCCUCGAUGUAUGGAACGAGGAAGUAGGGUUGAGUAGGACCAUCGCUGAGAUGGAAGGACCAGGCCAAGGCCAAGGCUACGACAUGCCCCCAACCCCUGCAUCCGAGAGUUUCAACCUGGCCGAGACUGGUGAACGAUCCGAGUCGCGAAUGCUGGAAUCACGAAUGGAAUCCCGACAAAUGAACCACAGCCGAAUGGGUAUGAGUCGGGCGUCAAUGCGCACCGAAUCGUUGGAGCAACCCAGACCAGUCUCUGCAUCCAUGAAACGAGCUUCAAUUUCACACCGAAUGUCCGUCUCUGGUCCUUCUGCUGCUAUCUGCGGUCAAAAUCUGGCGUCUGAGCGCCUCGGCACAACAUAUGACGCGUUCCUGAGCGUGCUCGGCUCGUUUCUUGGCCUUCACAUGCAGUCCCGCUCCUCAACGGAGCUGGUUGCCACCACCCAGCAGGCUGUUCAAUCCUGCCGGAGCUUGCUCAAUGUUGUCGAGGCAGUCAUUGAGCACGAUACCCAGCGCAGCGCGUUCCUCGAGCAGGCACGAGAGACAAUGUGUGAGAAGCUAUCCGAGCUUGUUCACGCUGCACGCGAUGCGUUCCACCCCGCACACCUACCAGAUGAUGAUAUGGUGUUUAUGCCAGAUGACGGAAAGCGUCUUGUUGAUGCCGCCACAGACUGUGUAAGAGCAGCGGGCAACUGUUUGGCGAAGGCUCGCCUGGUGCUUGAGCAAAGUGGUGAUAUUGAGCUUGACUCUGAGUCUGACGAUCAGAGAGGAGGGGAACAAUCACAACAACAAACAGAGGAAACAAACCAACCAGAACAACAAGAUCUCUCACUUCGCCUCCCCCCACCUCCCCUUCAAAUUCCCAACACUACUUACUCUCCCCCCACACCUGCUCUUACCGACGCCACGACUCCUUCCUCCUUCCAGUCUCAUCUCUCGAACUCCCCUGCCAAUCUCUCCGCUCUUUCUUCACUUCCUAAUUCCGCCAUUCUCCCCACACAUCCCGAAAACAUUGCAUCAUUUUCUUCCACCGACAGUGGCUAUCAUGAAAGCCAUCCAAAAUCUGACGUAAGCGAGUCAUUUGGACGUGGAGUUACCAGCAAUGGUAGUAGCUUCACAUACAACAGCCACACCCGUGAUUCCGAAAUGAGUGGUGUCUCUCAGACCUCGACCCGGGCUACCUCCCCUGACAUUGGGGGUAGUUUCCAGGGAAGCUUCAAGAUCCCCUCUCUGAAGGAAAGUCUCAGCUACUCGACACUCGCCGAGGAGAAUGAGGAGACCGAAGCCAAUCUGUUGGAGAAGACCUAUGCACACGAACUCAUCUACAAGGAAGGUUCAGUAAUGGGUGGAAGUCUUCGUGCCCUGAUUGAGAAGCUGACUGCCCACCAAUCCACGCCGGAUGCCAUGUUCGUCUCGACCUUCUAUCUCACCUUCCGUCUUUUCGCCACCCCUCUUGAGUUUGCUGAAGCCCUCGCUGAACGCUUCGAGUACAUUGGUGAUACGCCCCACGCCGCGGGACCCGUCCGUCUACGUGUGUACAACAUUUACAAAGGUUGGCUCGAGUCCCACUGGCGCCACGACCGUGACAACACUGCCCUUAAUUUCAUAGUCGAGUUCGCCAAGUCGAGACUUUCAGAGGAACUUCCCACCGCUGGUAAGCGUCUACUAGAGCUGGCUGAGAAAGUUUCAGCCGUCGGUGGGCCCGUUGUGCCUCGCUUGGUAUCUUCCAUGGGCAAGACCAAUACUUCCAUUGCCCAAUACAUCGACCCUAGCACCCCUCUACCCACUCCCAUCCUUGGAAAGAAGGAACACAACUUGCUGAAGCAAUGGAAGAAUGGCGAAGCUUCGAUUACCAUUCUUGACUUUGACCCGCUUGAGCUUGCCCGGCAGUUGACCAUCAAGGAGUCCCGCAUCUUCUGCUCCAUCCUCCCCGAAGAACUGUUGGACACCGAAUGGGCCAGGAAGACAGGUUCGUUGGCUGUCAACGUCCGCGCCAUGUCGACUCUGUCCACCGAUCUUGCUCACCUUGUUGCCGACUCAAUCCUGUACCUCGAGGAGCCCAAGAAGCGUGCCGCCACCAUCAAGCACUGGGUCAAGAUAGCCAACAAGUGCCUGGAGUUGAACAACUACGACUCUCUAAUGGCUAUUAUUUGCUCUCUGAACCUGUCUAUGAUCUCCCGACUGAAGAAGACCUGGGACAUCGUCUCUCAGAAGACCAAGACUUGCCUCGAACAGCUUCGCACCAUCGUCGAUGUCUCCCGCAACUACGCCGUAUUGCGUCAACGUCUCCAGAACCACGUGCCUCCGUGUCUUCCAUUUGUCGGUACCUACCUUACCGACCUCACCUUUGUCGACCAUGGCAACCAAUCUCUCCGCACCCUCUCCACCAACGAAAGCGAAAUGGAGGUGAUCAAUUUCGACAAGCACAUGAAGACGGCGCGCAUUAUCAGCGAGCUUCAGCGAUUCCAGAUCCCCUAUCGCCUGACCGAAGUCCCUGAGCUGCAGGCCUGGAUGCAGAAUGAGCUCAUCCGCGUGCGCUCAAACGGCGAAACAACCGCACAAACCCUACUCUACCGCCGCUCUCUAGUGCUCGAGCCCAGAGAGGCCUCUCGCUCUUCAAAUGCACUACCGACUCAAUCCGAGUCCAACCAUUCGAUUCUCGAUAACGCCAAGGACAAAUUCGACUUCCUCUCAUGGACCACCCAGUCCAAAGCAAAGAUUGUUCCUACACACUGA